UGGUUCAGCACCCGGAUACAAAAACGAUCGCUAGAACCUUCGUCCCCCCAAAAUACGCUUCCUAUAUCUGCACUUUGUUCUGUGUCUGAAACUCUCUACUGAGACCUGCACUGUGCUCAAAUCCGUGGCAAUUGCUUCUUUCUAGCUACGUACUUUUGAUUGUGUGAAACGAUUGAUUGACAACAACAUGGUGAAACAGUACCCGACUGUGAGUGAGGAAUACCAGAAGGCGGUAGAAAAAUGCAAGAGAAAACUCCGAGGGCUCAUCGCCGAGAAGCACUGUGCUCCGAUAGUCCUCCGGUUGGCAUGGCACUCAGCUGGUACGUUUGACAUACACACGAAGACUGGAGGACCGUUUGGGACCAUCAGGCACCCGGAGGAGCUCGCUCAUGAAGCAAACAACGGUCUUGAUAUCGUGGUUAGGCUUUUGGAGCCGAUCAAGGAGCAGUUUCCGAUCCUCUCGUAUGCAGACUUCUACCAGCUGGCUGGAGUUGUUGCUGUAGAAGUUACAGGAGGGCCUGAGAUUCCUUUCCACCCUGGUAGACCAGAUAAACAAGAACCACCACCAGAAGGUCGUUUGCCAGAUGCCACCAAAGGUUCGGAUCAUCUGAGGGAUGUCUUUGGACACAUGGGACUUAGUGACAAGGACAUUGUUGCAUUAUCCGGUGGACACACCUUGGGUAGGUGUCACAAGGAGCGUUCUGGAUUCGAGGGACCCUGGACAACCAACCCUCUUAUUUUCGACAACUCCUAUUUCAAGGAGCUUCUUAAUGGAGAGAAAGAAGGUCUUCUUCAGCUGCCAUCAGAUAAAGCUCUUCUGGAGGAUCCAGUCUUUCGCCCUCUUGUCGAGACUUAUGCUGCGGACGAAGACGCCUUCUUUGCUGAUUAUGCUGAAGCACAUUUGAAGCUCUCCGAGCUUGGAUUUGCAGAUGCUGAGUAAAGGAUUGUAAUUUGUAAAUUGGUUGGGGGUGCUGGCUUGUGCCUUUCUUCUAGAUUAGAAUUAAUAUUUGAUUGUAAAAGAUUUGGUAUGUUGUUUUCCAUGGAAGGGUUUUUUUUUUUUUUUUUGGCUUGUGAGUGGUAAAUAAUACUAUGGCAGCAUUUGCUGCUUAUUAUGCAUUGUCAUAUGUGUACUCAUAAAGAACAAUGCUAGGGAGAUUACAUUAUAAUAUCGCAUUGUGUACAUUUUUAAUGGCGGUAUAGUUUCCCAAUUGAAGUAAGUUUCUAUUUUA